GAAAAUACUUUUAUCCAUGUGGCACCAAAAAGCCGGCAAACAAACAAUGACACUCAAUCCUUCUUCAAACUUGAGCAGUUGAUCACUGACACAGUCAACUGACUCGAUAACCAUGUCGAAUUCCAUAACCCAGUUGAUGUUUCUGAUUCUUGUCUUUGUACCAAUAGCUUUAUCAUCAGAACCACAACAACCAGUUGAGGCUUUGCUGCGUCGUCUGGACUCCAAACGCUCCUCUGCUUCAGUUCAAGAAGCUGCAGCUAAAGCUGUUCUCAAACGAUUGCUUCCUACCCAUGUCGACAGUUUCGACUUCAAGAUUGUUGACAAGGAUGUUUGUGGUGGACAUAGUUGCUUUGUGAUAAACAAUCAUAACCUGUCAAGUCGAAAUGGCCCCGAGAUACAGAUUAAAGGUACCACAGCAGUUGAAAUUGCUUCUGGCCUCCAUUGGUAUUUGAAGUAUUGGUGUGGUGCUCAUGUUUCUUGGGACAAGACUGGUGGCAUGCAAUUAGCUUCCAUUCCCAAUCCAGGAUCACUACCUCGUGUAAAAGACAAGGGGUUGAAAAUUCAACGGCCGGUCCCAUGGAACUAUUACCAAAAUGUUGUUACAUCCAGUUAUUCAUUUGUUUGGUGGGAUUGGGAAAGAUGGCAGAAAGAAAUAGACUGGAUGGCUCUUCAGGGGAUCAACCUGCCUUUAGCAUUCACAGGGCAAGAAUCAAUUUGGCAGAAAGUUUUCAUGGAUUUCAAUAUUAGUAAGGGAGACUUGAAUGAUUUCUUUGGUGGACCUGCCUUCCUUGCAUGGGCUCGCAUGGGGAAUUUACAUGCGUGGGGUGGACCAUUAUCACAGAAUUGGUUGGAUCAACAAUUGGUUUUGCAGAAACAGAUAUUAUCCCGGAUGUUAGAGCUAGGCAUGACUCCAGUGCUGCCGUCAUUCUCUGGAAAUGUCCCAGCGACACUGAAGAAAUUUUAUCCUUCAGCUAAUAUAACCAGGCUUGGAGACUGGAACACUGUCAAUGGUGAUCGCCGCUGGUGCUGUACUUACCUUCUUGAUCCUUCUGAUCCUUUAUUUGUUGAAAUUGGGACUGCUUUUAUUAGGCGACAAGUUGAAGAAUACGGGGAUGUGACGGACAUCUAUAACUGUGAUACAUUCAAUGAAAAUUCUCCACCUACAAAUGAUCCGGCUUAUAUUUCUUCACUUGGAGCUGCUGUAUACAAAGCAAUGUCCAAAGGUGAUACGGAUGCAGUGUGGUUGAUGCAAGGUUGGCUUUUCUACUCAGACUCUGCUUUUUGGAAACCACCUCAAAUGAAGGCUCUUCUACAUUCUGUUCCAUUCGGGAAAAUGAUUGUACUUGAUCUAUUUGCUGAUGUGAAACCAAUAUGGAACACGUCAUCUCAAUUUUACGACACUCCCUAUAUCUGGUGUCUCCUGCACAAUUUUGGUGGGAACCUUGAAAUGUAUGGGAUAUUGGAUGCAAUUUCUUCAGGUCCAGUUGAUGCCCGAACUAGUGAAAAUUCUACUAUGGUUGGGGUUGGCAUGUGCAUGGAAGGAAUCGAGCACAAUCCAGUUAUCUAUGAAUUGACGUCUGAAAUGGCAUUUCGCAGUGAAAGGGUUCCAGUUCAGGAUUGGCUGAGGACCUACUCCCGUAGACGUUAUGGUAAUGCAGUUCAUCAAGUUGAGGAGGCUUGGGAAAUUCUUCAUCGCACAAUUUAUAACUGCACAGAUGGAAUUGCUGACCAUAACACAGAUUUCAUAGUCAAAUUACCUGACUGGGAUCCAUCACUAGAGAGUGUAUCGAACACGACAGAACCUAAGAAGAUGCAAAUGCUUUUCACACUAGAUAUAAAGAGGAGAUUUUUACUCCAAAAAAACAGCUCUCAAUUUCCCAAGGCACAUUUGUGGUAUUCAACUCAGGAUGUGAUUAAUGCCUUACGGUUAUUUCUUGAUGCUGGAAAUGAUCUUUCCGGAAGCCUUACAUACAGAUAUGAUUUGGUUGAUUUAACACGCCAAGUGCUAUCAAAGCUAGCAAACCAAGUAUAUGUGGAUGCAGUGACUGCUUUUCAGAGGAAGGAUGUAAAAGCUUUUGAUCUCAAUAGUAAAAAGUUUGUUCAACUCAUAAGGGAUAUUGAUGCACUUCUUGCUUCUGAUGAUAAUUUUUUACUUGGAACUUGGCUUGAAAGCGCAAAAAAGCUGGCAACCAGUCCUACGGAAAUGAGGCAGUAUGAGUGGAAUGCAAGAACGCAGGUGACAAUGUGGUAUGAUACCACAAAAACCAACCAGAGCCAGCUUCAUGAUUAUGCAAAUAAGUUCUGGAGUGGCCUAUUGGAAAGUUACUAUCUACCACGAGCUUCAACCUACUUUCAUUAUUUGUCAAAAAGCUUAAGAGAAAAUAAAGACUUUGAAGUGGAAAAAUGGAGAAUAGAAUGGAUAUCCUUUUCAAACAAUUGGCAAGCAGGUACAGAGCUUUACCCAGUGAAGGCAAAAGGAGAUGCACUUGCUAUUUCUAAAGCAUUGUAUGAAAAAUAUUUCGUGUGAGAAAAAUUGGUUUGAUAGGAUGAGAGGAAAAAUGUAUCAUCUAUUAUGUUGUAAGUUGUAACAUAUGCUCCAGUUUUGCUCCUUUACCAUAAAGAGACCUGGUGCAUCAAUAAUGAAAUACUUCAAGUCAUUGAUUCUUGAAAAUUGAUUUAUGGAAUAGUCA